GACUUUAAAUUGCUUCCCCUGAGCUCAAAGAAGGCGAGAUGAUUUUGGAACUGCUGAACCCAAUGCGCUAUAACAUCACUGGUAUGGUGCCUGAGGUCAUGCCUGUUGCCACCAUGCCAAUCCUGCUGCUCACUGGCUUUCUUCUCCUGGUCUGGAAUCAUGAGGGCACAUCCUCAAUCCCAGGUCCCGGCUAUUGUAUGGGCAUUGGCCCCCUCAUUUCACAUGGCAGAUUCCUGUGGAUGGGGAUUGGCAGUGCCUGCAACUACUACAACAAGAUGUAUGGAGAGUUCAUGAGAGUCUGGAUAUGUGGAGAGGAGACACUCAUCAUUAGCAAGUCCUCAAGUAUGUUCCAUGUAAUGAAGCACAGUCACUACAUCUCCCGAUUUGGCAGCAAACUUGGGUUGCAGUGUAUUGGCAUGCAUGAAAACGGCAUCAUAUUUAACAAUAAUCCAGCCCUCUGGAAAGUGAUUCGACCUUUCUUCAUGAAAGCUUUGUCUGGUCCCGGCCUCAUGCGGAUGGUGGCGAUUUGUGUUGAAUCCGUCAAAACGCAUCUGGACAGGCUGGAGGAGGUCACCAACGCGUCAGGCUGUGUUGACGUGCUGACUCUCAUGCGACGCAUCAUGCUGGACACCUCCAACGUACUCUUUUUGGGGAUCCCCUUGGACGAAAGUGCCAUCGUGGUUAAAAUCCAGGGUUAUUUUGAUGCAUGGCAAGCUCUCCUUCUCAAACCAGACAUCUUCUUUAAGAUUUCUUGGCUCUACAAAAAGUAUGAAAAAUCUGUCAAGGAUUUGAAAGAUACUUUAGAAAUUCUAAUUGAAGAAAAGAGACACAGGAUUUCUGAGGCAGAGAAACUGGAAGACAAUAUGGAUUUUGCCACUCAGUUGAUUUUUGCCGAGAAACGUGGUGACCUGACAAGAGAGAAUGUGAACCAGUGCAUACUGGAAAUGCUAAUUGCGGCACCUGACACCAUGUCUGUCUCUGUGUUCUUCAUGCUGUUUCUCAUUGCAAAUCACCCGAAGGUUGAAGAGGCAUUAAUGAAGGAAAUUCAGACUCUUUUUGGUGAAAGAGAUAUAAGGAUUGAUGAUGUGCCAAAAUUAAAAGUGGUGGAAAACUUCAUUUAUGAGAGCAUGAGGUACCAGCCUGUCGUGGACUUGGUCAUGCGCAAAGCUUUACAAGAUGACAUCAUCGAUGGCUACCCAGUGAAAAAGGGGACCAAUAUUAUCCUGAAUAUUGGAAGAAUGCAUAGACUCGAGUUUUUCCCGAAGCCCAAUGAAUUUACUCUUGAAAACUUUGAGAAGAAUGUUCCUUACAGGUAUUUUCAGCCAUUUGGUUUUGGGCCCCGUAGCUGCGCAGGCAAGUACAUCGCCAUGGUGAUGAUGAAAGCCAUCCUGGUUACACUUCUGAGACGAUUCCACGUGAAGACACUGCAAGGAGGGUGUAUUGAAAACAUGCAGAAAAAAAAUGACUUGUCCCUGCACCCAGAUGAGACUGGCAACUUGCUGGAAAUGAUUUUUACCCCAAGAAAUUUCAACAAGUACCUCCAACACUAAAGAAGCCUGGUCAGUACCAACUCUGAAGCAUUUCUCAUCAGUAGUUUACACAGAA